AUGUCGAAGUCAGAGAGCGACUCGAAAGUGGCGGCGGCGGUGGAAGAUGACGAUGAGCCGGAUGAAUGGGACAAGCGUAUCUUCAGCACUGGCUGCGCUGGUGAGUCGUGCAGUUUGAGGACUUAUAUCAGUACAGCUUCUCAUGCAGACACAGCGGAGAACACCAAAAUGACGGACUGCUAUUGGGAGAAGAAGGAUUGGAGACUUUGCAAAGACGAGGUGAGGAAGGAGGCUUUCUCCAAUUAG